AUGUUUGACCUUGGAGCUGCGCCACACCAGAGCUUAUACGAGCUGAGGUUCAAGUAUGGGCCAGUUCUUUGGCUACAGCUUGGCUCCAUAAACACUCCGGUUAUACAAUCUGCCAACGCAGCUGCAGAAUUUUUCAAGAACCACGACCUUACUUUUUCUGACCGCAAAGUUCCUGAUUCACUUACAGCCUUGGACUACAACAAAGGAUCACUCGCCAUUGGGAAUCAAAAGGAACAUGGUAAAGAGACGGGGCGAACCAUGAAAAUUGUAGCUGAGUUUGUGAAGGAAAGGAUUCAACAGAGGCAGGUAGGCAUGGAAAAGGCAAAUAAAGACUUCUUGGAUGUGCUGUUGGACUAUGAAGGCGAUGGAAAAGAAGGGCCAGAUAAGCUAUCAGAAAGGAAUGUGACAAUUAUCAUCCUGGAAAUGUUUUUUGCUGGGUCUGAAACUACAAGCAGCACCAUAGAAUGGGCAAUGGCAGAGUUACUUCGUGGGCCAGGUGCAAUGAAAAAUGUUAAAGAAGAGAUUGAUCGAGUUGUACCUAACCGGAAGGUUGAAGAGAGUGACAUAGAUCGGUUUGCCUUAUUUGCAGGCGGUGGUAAAGGAAACACUCCGUCUACACCCUGCAAUUCCUCUACUGGUCCCACGGAACAAUGGAAGAUUCAAACUACAUGGGUUACCACAUCCCCAAGAAUACACAAGUCUUCGUGA